GAGACUUGUGCACCGGUCAGACCGACUUGAGCAAGAAAGGAAGAUGCACAGAGGUGAAGGCCAGGAAGGCCGCAGCAAAAGGACUUCACCCCGGGUGCUGCCGGGAGGCUAACCUUGGCACCCCAGGCGCGUUGCUCAGGGUGGUUUCCCGUCCUCUCUUCAGGAAGCGAUGGCCGCAGCUCCGGGGGACCCCGGGCUCUCCAAGCUACAGUUCGCUCCUUUUAGCAGCGCCUUGGACGUUGGCUUCUGGCAUGAGUUGACCCAGAGGAAGCUGAAUGAGUAUCGGCUGGAUGAAGCCCCCAAGGACAUUAAGGGCUAUUACUACAAUGGUGAUUCUCAUGGGCUUCCGGCUCGCUUAACAUUGGAGUUCAGUGCUUUUGACAUGAGUGCUCCCACGCCAGCCCACUGCUGCCCGGCUGUUGGAACGCUCUUUAACACCAACACGCUCGAGGCUUUCAAGGCCGCGGAUAAGAAGCUCCUUUUGGAACACGCAGCAGACGAGAUCUGGGAAGCCAUAAAAUCGGGCGCUGCCCUCGAAAACCCUGUCCUCCUCAACAAGUUCCUCCUCCUGACUUUUGCGGAUCUAAAGAAGUACCACUUCUACUACUGGUUUUGCUUCCCUGCUCUCUGCCUUCCAGAGAGUAUACCCCUCAUUCAGGGGCCAGUGGGCUUGGAUCAAAGGUUUUCACCAAAACAGAUUCAAGCCCUCGAACGUGCGUAUGAUGAUCUUUGUCACACAGAAGGAGUCCCAGCGCUCCCUUACUUCUUAAUCAAAUAUGAUGAGAAUGUGGUGCUGGUGUCCCUGCUCAAACACUGCAGCGAUUUCUUCCAAGACCAAAGGACGAAGGUAACGAUUGGUGUGUACGAUCCCUGUAACUUAGCCCAGCACCCUGGAUGGCCUUUGAGGAAUCUUUUGGUCCUUGCAGCUCACCGAUGGAGCAGCAGUUUCCAGUCUGUUGAAAUCCUCUGCUUCCGGGACCGCACCAUGCAGGGCGUGAGAGACAUUGCCCACAGCAUUGUCUUCGAAGUGAAGCUUCCCGAAAUGGCAUUCAGCCCAGAUUGUCCCAAAGCAGUCGGAUGGGAAAAAAACCAGAAAGGCGGCAUGGGACCGAGGAUGGUGAACCUCAGUGAAUGUAUGGACCCUAAAAGGUUAGCUGAGUCAUCAGUGGAUUUAAAUCUCAAAUUGAUGUGUUGGAGGUUGGUGCCUACUUUGGACUUAGACAAGGUUGUGUCUGUCAAGUGUCUGCUGCUGGGAGCCGGCACCCUGGGCUGUAACGUAGCUCGGACACUGAUGGGCUGGGGCGUCAGACACCUCACAUUUGUGGACAAUGCCAACAUCUCCUACUCUAAUCCCGUGCGGCAGCCCCUCUAUGAAUUUGAAGAUUGCCUAGCAGGUGGUAAGCCCAAGGCCCUGGCUGCAGCUGAUCGGCUCCAGAAAAUAUUCCCUGGAGUGAAUGCCAGAGGGUUCAACAUGAGCAUCCCCAUGCCUGGGCACCCAGUGAACUUCUCCAGUGUGACCCUGGAGCAGGCCCGCAAAGAUGUGGAGCAGCUGGAGCAGCUCAUUGAAAGCCACGACGUCGUGUUCCUGCUGAUGGACACCAGGGAGAGCCGGUGGCUCCCUGCCGUCAUUGCCGCGAGCAAGAGAAAGCUGGUCAUCAAUGCUGCCUUGGGAUUUGACACAUUUGUUGUCAUGAGGCACGGCUUGAAGAAACCGAAGCAGCAGGGAGCCGGGGACUUGUGUCCUGGGCACCAUGUGGCACCUGCCGACCUCCUGGGCUCCUCGCUCUUUGCCAACAUCCCUGGCUACAAACUUGGCUGCUAUUUCUGCAAUGACGUGGUGGCCCCAGGAGAUUCGACCCGAGACCGGACCCUGGACCAGCAGUGCACUGUGAGUCGCCCAGGACUGGCCAUGAUUGCAGGAGCCCUGGCAGUGGAGUUGAUGGUCUCUGUGUUACAGCAUCCAGAAGGGGGCUAUGCCAUUGCCAGCAGCAGUGAUGACCGCAUGAAUGAGCCGCCAACCUCCCUCGGCCUUGUGCCCCACCAGAUCCGGGGAUUUCUGUCACGGUUUGAUAAUGUCCUUCCCGUCAGCCUGGCGUUUGACAAAUGUACAGCUUGUUCUUCCAAGGUUCUUGAUCAGUAUGAACGAGAAGGAUUUAAUUUCCUGGCAAAGGUGUUUAAUUCUUCACAUUCCUUCUUAGAAGACUUGACCGGUCUCACAUUGCUGCAUCAAGAGACCCAGGCUGCUGAGAUCUGGGACAUGAGCGACGACGAGACGGUGUGACGUGGCCGCCCUCGCCGGGGCGGCUUCUCCUGCCUGCGGAGAGCUCGCCGAUGCCCGAGUGGGACCCCCGCCUCCAGGACGGUGACUCUGGACCCUGCGCCCCUCCACCCUCUGUGGUCCCCUCCUCUGCGCACUCUGAGGACCAGGGCCCCCUCUCCACUGCCCAGGAGCUUCUGGGGCGCUCCAUGUCUCAUGAUUCGUGAUCCCGCCAGUUCUGAGCUAAAUAAUAACCUUGGCUUUGGCAUUGCCACCGAUCUGGGA